AUCGCCCAGGCAGGGCCGGGCCGGCCACCCCUGGCGCCUUUGGGGCAGGGGCGUGCUUGCAGCCAGCGCAGAGAUCCGACACCGCCGGGGCGCAUCACUUUUGGGGGGCCUGGGGGGCGCUGAGGCAGAGGCUGGGGAAUGGCUGGCAGAAGCCGCCGCUCCUGGCUCAGCGUGUUGCUAGGUCUGGUGCUGGGCUUCAUCCUGGCCUCCCGGCUCAUCCUGCCCCGAGCCUCGGAGCUGAAGAAAGCCGGCCCCCACCGGCACAAGGCCAGCCUGGAAGGGUGCCGGGGGAAGCUGGCCGGGGGGCUGCUGCGCAGGGACUCUCCGGGGGGCUUGCUGUGGCCCCACGAGCCCCCCCAGCACCACGGCCAGGGCCCGCCGGCCAAGAACUUCCUCUUCGUGGGUGUCAUGACUGCUCAGAAAUACCUGCAGAGUCGGGCUGUGGCCGUCUACAGGACAUGGUCUGGUACGAUUCCAGGGAAGGUGGUAUUCUUCUCCAGCGAGGGCUCAGAUACUUCCCUUCCAAUCCCCAUAGUGUCAUUGCCCGGUGUGGAUGACUCUUACCCUCCCCAGAAGAAGUCGUUCAUGAUGCUCAAGUAUAUGCACGACCAUUACUUGGACAAGUACGAAUGGUUCAUGCGAGCCGAUGACGACGCUUACGUCAAAGGAGACAAACUGGAGAGCUUCCUUCGGAGUUUGAAUAGCAGCGAGCCGCUUUUCCUUGGGCAGACGGGGCUGGGCACCACCGAAGAGAUGGGGAAACUGGCACUGGAGCCCGGAGAGAAUUUCUGCAUGGGCGGCCCAGGUGUGAUUAUGAGCCGUGAAGUGCUGAGGAGGAUGGUCCCUCACAUCGGGGAGUGCCUUCGAGAGAUGUACACCACCCAUGAGGAUGUCGAAAUUGGAAGAUGUGUACGAAGAUUUGCGGGCGUACAGUGUGUCUGGUCCUAUGAGAUGCAACAGCUGUUUUACGAAAACUAUGAGCAGAACAAAAAAGGUUACAUCAAAGACCUUCGCAAUAGCAAGAUCCACCGAGCAAUCACCUUACACCCCAACAAGAGCCCACCCUACCAGUAUAGACUCCACAGUUACAUGCUGAGUCGCAAAAUAGCAGAGCUGCGUUAUAGGACCAUACAGUUGCACCGAGAGAUUGUCCUGAUGAGUAAAUAUAGCAACACAGAAGUCCACAAAGAUGACCUUCAACUGGGGAUGGCACCCUCCUUCAUGCGCUUUCAGCCGCACCAGCGCGAAGAGGUUUUGGAGUGGGAAUUCCUUACUGGAAAGUAUCUUUAUUCUGCCAUGGAUGGACAGCCACCUCGUCGAGGGAUGGAUUCUUCCCAGCGUGAGGCAUUGGAUGACAUCGUUAUGCAAGUCAUGGAGAUGAUCAAUGCCAACGCCAAGACCAGAGGGCGGAUCAUUGACUUCAAAGAGAUACAGUACGGUUAUCGCAGAGUCAACCCAAUGUACGGGGCGGAAUACGUUCUUGACUUAUUGCUCUUGUACAAGAAGCACAAGGGAAAGAAAAUGACUGUUCCUGUCAGAAGGCAUGCAUACUUGCAACAGACCUUCAGCAAAGUCCACUUUAUGGAGGAUGAAGAGAUGGAUGCCAAAGAAUUGGCGAGUAAAAUCAACCAGGAUUCAGGCUCCUUAUCCUUUCUGUCCAAUUCUCUAAAGAUGUUCGUCCCGUUCCAGUUGAGUAAGUCGAAAGCGGAGAAGAAGGAACCCAAAGACAAGAAGAUCAACAUCUUGAUUCCUCUUUCUGGGCGCUUUGAUAUGUUUGCUCGAUUCAUGUUGAAUUUUGAAAAGACCUGCCUCAUUCCAAAUCAGAACGUCAAACUAGUUGUCCUGCUUUUCAAUUCAGACUCAAAUCCUGACAAGACAAGGCAAAUUGAACUGAUGAGAGAUUAUCGCAUGAAGUACCCCAAGGCGGACAUGCAGAUCUUGCCUGUAUCUGGUGAAUUUUCUCGAGCUCUGGCCUUGGAAGUUGGAUCCUCCCAGUUUAACAACAAUUCGUUGCUGUUCUUCUGUGAUGUUGACUUGGUGUUUACAGCAGACUUUCUCCAGCGAUGUAGAGCGAACACAGUUUUGGGUCAACAGAUUUAUUUCCCCAUCAUCUUUAGCCAGUAUGAUCCAAAGAUUGUUUACAGUGGGAAAGUCCCCAGUGAUAAUCAUUUUGCCUUCACCCAGAAAACGGGCUUCUGGAGGAACUAUGGUUUUGGAAUUGCAUGUAUUUUCAAGGGCGAUCUCCUUCGAGCAGGAGGCUUUGACGUUUCUAUCCAAGGUUGGGGACUGGAGGAUGUGGACUUGUUCAACAAAGUUAUUCAGGCUGGCCUAAAAACAUUCCGGAGCCAAGAAGUUGGCGUAGUUCACGUGCAUCAUCCUGUCUUCUGUGACCCUAACCUUGAUCCAAAACAGUAUAAAAUGUGUUUGGGAUCCAAAGCAUCAACUUAUGGGUCCACGCAACAGUUGGCUGAGUUGUGGCUUCAGAAAAAUGAGCCAAGCUUUGGGAAAAGCAGCAAUUCAAACGGUUCUCUGAGGACAGCCUAAUAUCCAGCUAUGCUGGAGGGAAAAAAAAAAACACUACCUGUUGCAUUUUUUAAGUAAAAUAAAUUGCCCUAAUUUAUUUUUUUGCAAAACGUUUUUGAUAGUUGGUUUUUUAAAAAAUAAAAACAGAACAACCGCACAAGGGUAUAUUUUACAAACCAUUGUUUUCUUACAAGGACCUUCUGAGCGCUUUUUCUGAACAAAACUUUUUGCCUUUUGGAACACAUAUCAGUGGCUGAGUAUUAUGACUUACCUGGUUCCAGCAACUUGAAAUAAUACCCUUUAUUUUUAUUUUUUUUUCCUGAUAAGCAGACUUUUUUAAAUAAAAGGAAAACUCCCCCAACUCCACUCCACAGCCCGUUAGAUUGCUCAUUUAGCUGAUCGGGUUUCUUCCAGUAGGAAUCUAAUGUAAAGUGGCAAAAGUGAUUCAUUUAAAAUUUUCCCUCUUGGGAUUGUUACAGAAUAAAUGGAUUCUUCUUUUUCUUUUUUUUAAAAAAUGAGAAGUGUUAGAACAAAGAAAUCCAUGUGGCAGUAUUUGUUAAUUUGCUUAUAAGAGAGUUGUCAUUUGGUUGGUAUUUCGAUCUUAGGAUAUACCAUUCAGCUGUUUGUAUUUUGGGCAACUGGGAAAAUGGGGCAAGGAAGGGGGAAAUUGAGCACAUUUUUUUACUGUGUUAGUCUUUUGUAAAAAUAAUGAUAAUAAUAAACCUGUCUUUUCUUACUUGGUCCCUAUGUGGAUCUAAUGUUGCAAACUUCAUAGCAAACACUGUGUUUUCUGAAUUUAAUCUGUGUAGAUGAAAAAGAGCAAAAUUUUAGCUAGUAGAGAGAAAUUUCUUUGCUGUAAAAACCAACAAACUGAAGACCUAGACACCCCAAAUGGAAUGUGUUGGGGGGGAAAACAUUCAGGGUUUUGUUUCCCCCAACUAGUUACAGUAUUUGGAUUGGGAACAAUUUAUUACUUUUUUUCUCCUUUUUUGCUUACCUGGCUUGUUUUUUCCCCUUUUCUUUAUAAGAUAGGUUUUUAAUUUAUUUAAUAUCCUUUAUUUUAGCUUCCUGUCUUUUAUUUUUAAAAAACUGAUAGUCAUUAAUAUUUAUAUAUCUUAGGAAUGUAUUGCAUUUUCUUACUGUUAAAGGUAGUGUAAAUCUUCUUACUUUGCAGUAAACUGAUCUCCAAAGA